AUGGCUCGAAAAUCCGCCAAACCUCGAAAACCUGUGGAGCCCGAAGCAAUAAGUCAAGGUAGUCAAUGGUUUAACACAUCACCGAGCAAAUACAAUGGGAAGACGAGCUCCUCAAUCGCCUCACCGAAAACGUCGUCGUCGGAUGUCUUACCGUUACAAGGCACUACUACUCCUUCCACCAAUACCCCGCAGCCCGAAACACCCAUUCAUUUCCCUACCCCUCUCUCUGCUCCUCCGACAAAAUUCGUGGUCUAUAAGUCCAAAGAAGCCAACGGAGACGAAUCAUCUGGCUUGAAUGCCCAUGCACGUGCCUCCGAUAUCCCUCUUGACCAGUUGUACAUCUCCUCCCAGCAAGAAUCCGAAAUCCGGGCCCUCUACGCUCACGGAACGUCCGUCGUUGACCACAUCUUCGAUAUAAGCGACAGGUUAGACCAGGCGGAGGCAAUGCGACUUCUUGAGGGCUAUGGUGUGGACGAGGCGUCGAGGGAGAACAUGGGGAAUCGCUGGAGCAUUCGGUGGAAGGGGGAGGGGCCGAAGGUGGGCGGAAAGCCUUCACAACGGGUUCUCUAUCAAUGGUGA